AUGAUGACGAUAUCCAGUGUUGUUGGGAGAUGUGUGAUUUUCUUGUUGUCAUUGUCAUUGGCCCGAGUGGUCAACGGGUUGGCAUCUCCCGUACCCUCGGCGGGUGCUGCUAGUUCUACCGGUGGUAGCUCGACUAGCAGCAGCAGCAUUCAUCUUCGCGUUGUGCAUUUCAACGAUGUCUACAAGUUGGAUCAUCUUCCGAAAUUCCGUGGCUUUGUGAAUCGCUUGAAGGAGGAGCAGCAACAACAACAGAAGAAGAAAGAACAGAAAGGCAGUGGAUCUAGCACAUUGAUCUGUACGCUGGGUGGUGAUUUCUUUUCUCCCUCUCUGCUGAGUUCGAUUGACAAGGGCAAAGCCAUGGUAUCCUGUUUGAGCGAGUUUGUCGAUUACGCCUGUUUGGGCAAUCACGAAGCCGAUCACGGCACAAAAGCGUUUACGGACAAUGUCGACAAUUUCAAGGGCACCAUUAUCAAUUCCAACUUUCCCGUCCUACCCAAAACACAACAUCGACACAUGCCACCCGUCGUAGACUUACACCUCACAAGUCAAAAUGGAUCGCACCUACGAAAGUUGUCACUGCUGGGAUUGUUGGAUGCCACUCCCAAUCUCUACUUGCCCAAUGCCUUUUGCGAAGGAGCCGUCGAAUCUGCUGUACCGGUUCCACAAGCCCUCCGAGAGUAUUUGGAGAACUGUCAAGACGACGACAACACCAUGAUACUCCCACUGACCCAUCAGGAUUUGCAUUUGGACGUGGAACUAGCAAAGGAGUUUGGAUGUCCUCAAAAAAUGCCACUCAUUCUGGGAGGUCACGAUCAUGAUCCCUUUGAUAUUCCCAUUUUCCAAAAUGAAAACAACAAUUCUCAGCAGGAAGAAACCUGUCGCGUACUAAAGGCCGGCAUUGAUGCCGAACAGGCCAUUGUCAUUGACUUGCUCUGGGAGACGGCAGCAUCCACACGUCCCACCAUUCAGGUCGAAUUUGUCGACAUUCCUCAAUUGGACGAUUCGUACGCCUGUGAAACACUCCAAACCAUGAUUAACAAUUUUCACGCGCCACUUCGCCGUCUCGAUCGCACCGUCCUCAAAGUGAUUGAAAGUCGCAAAGAUUUGGCAUUGACAUCGGUCGGUGUCCGGAAACGACAAACUACCAUUGGCAGUCUCAUUAGUACGGCUGUUCGGAAAGCAUUGAGGGCCGAUGUCGCCGUCAUUAAUGCGGGAUCCAUUCGCGGCAAUACCGUGUACACGACCAAGCCAGGACAAGUUCCAAGUUCGACCAAAAAUGAACGAUUCUUUACGUUUUCCGAUCUCAUCAAGGAAUUGCCCUACACGACGGAAAUUUGUGUCGUACAGUUGCCGGGACGUGUCUUGGAGCAUGCCAUUGAUUACAGUCGCAAUUGUGGAGGAGAACAAGGAGGUGGAUUCCUUCAGUGUUGUAGUAAACUCACCGUCGUGCAAACGCCCAAUGAUGGCAAGUACAAGAUUCUACAAAUACGAGGAGAACCCUUUGAUCCCAAUCGCAUCUACAAGGUUGCCACGCUGCAUCAUUUGCUCACGGGGCUCGAUAAAAUCAUGCCGUUGGUGGCGUAUGCGCGAGACAAUCACGAGACGAUGCCUCAUGCCGAUGCCACGCGGCCGGCCAAAGAGUUGGUACUGCAAGUGUACUAUCGCGAAAUUUGGCAAAUCAUUGGAUCGUUUGACGAGAUUAAUAAUAAUAGUGUUGCCAACAACAACAAUAACAACAAUCCUCAACACGACAACAAUGGCGAUGAUGACACGGACAUGAUCACCAAGGAACAGUUGGGGCUCGCAUUGGCCAAAAAGUUUGAAAUUGAUCCGUCCGAUGAAUUUGUCAGUGAUACACUUAGUGCCUUUGAUGCCAAUGGUGAUGGAUGCGUCACACGAGACGAGUACAAUGCCUGUAUGCGAGCCAUUCAACUGAAUCGGUUCGAUCUGUCACCACAAGAAUGUACCGGGAUACGGCAAGUUACCGAUACGGUUCAGUAUCUCAACACACUCCUUUCUUUGGAGGAAAGGAAUGAUCCGCGAAAAGCCGACUUGAUGAACAAUGGAUUGCAGGUGGAAACAAAAAAGGCCGGUGAAGUGAUUCUCCAACAAGGAGACACGGACAACAAGUCGCUCUACUUUGUAGAAGAUGGAACGGUCGAGUUUAUUGCCGACGGCAAAUCCGUUGGAGAGUGUGGCAAAGGUGGAUCCUUUGGAGAACUCUCUCUGCUCUACGAUUCGCCUCGGGCAGCGACCUGUAAAGCGUCCUCCGACUGUCGUCUAUGGAAGGUCGACCGACCCGCGUUCCGUCACUUGCUCGUGCAAUCCGCCAAUCAGCAGAAUCAAAAGAUUCGAAGCGUGGUCCUGUAUCUGACCAAGGCACUGGAGGAACCCUCGGAACGAGUCGAUAUGCAAGACUUGCUCGAGAUGGAACAGUUCGAGUCGGGUACUGUCAUACUGGAACAAGGAGAUGCGGGAGAUUGCUUGUACUUCUGCGAAGCCGGUACCGUCCAGUUCUCUUCGGAUGGCAAAGAUUUAGGAAUGUGUGGACCGGGAGGUUCCUUUGGUGAGUUGGCAUUGUGGUACGAUUCUCCUCGAGCAGCGACUUGCACUGCUAUAUCCGACUGCCGACUAUGGAGAGUGGACCGAACGGCAUUUCGACGAUUGCUCGAGCGGGCGGCAUCGUACAAACCGUCUCGUCGUCGAGAAGAAGCUGUUGCGGAUCCCCUGUCUCCAUUGGACAUUGUGACGACACCGCCACUCCCAGCCAUGAACUACAACAGUACCACCGCAGACGCAGUGAGUGUGGUAUGA